GUUCACUAUCAUGGCCGCGGCCACGAGCACAUCACGUGAUCAUAGAGCAUGCGUAUGGGACUACAGAGCGUGCGCAUAGUGUUCCGUCGCUUUUUCGGUAUGACAGAUUUCUUAACCUUAAUUCGUCAACUUUAAUAACGAUUAGUAUCUCGAUCGCUUUUCUGAUGCACGCUUAUUCUUGUCAGAUUUAUUCGUUUUAAGCAAAAUCGCGUCAAAUACGCAUAAUUACAUCGAUAUUUGAGGUGCGGGAUCUAAAUGAAACAAUUACUUUUUUAUAAAUAUAUGUGAAAGUGAGCCUGAUUGAAAAAGUAAAGUAUAUAUUAUAUAUUAUACAUUAUCGGAUAAUGAGUGAUUCGUCAUCAUGUGAUUCUAAUUCUGAUAAUGAUAUAAAUAAUGCAGUUCCCAAAAAAGUAAAACGACGUUACAAAACAGGAUUGUAUAAAGAUUAUGAGACUCACUUCAGAGAUAAUUUAUCUUGGGUUACUAGAUCAAAGUGGGAUUCUUUUACGAGUUAUGAACAUCAAUUAGCUUUUGUGCCAGAAAGCAGUAAUUUUUCUAACUUGAAUAAUGAGCAGAACCGUGAUUGUUGUAUUAGAAGUGAGAAUAAUUGUGACAUGAGAAUGAAUAAUAAUGAAGCUAGUAGUAAUAAUUCCACAGCGAUUCGCUCUCCAGAAUAUAAACCUGACUUAAAUAUUGAAGAUACAUUUGAGUAUAAUGAAAUUAUUCAUAUAAACAAUGAAGACGAGGACAAAGAAAAUGAAGAUGCCAGCAGUGUAGAAGACAAUAGUGAAGAUGAUGACAAACAUAUGAGUGAGAGUAGUUCAAAUGGCUAUGAUUCUGAUAACAAUGAAUUUGAUAGUGAUGAUUAUGAUGCGAAUAUCAGUGACGACGAGACUAAUGGGUCAUUUGAUGAUAAUACUAUAAUGUUUGAGAAAACUAAUUUAACUAUUCGUGACAUAAUGACUUUGAUAAUGGGAUUCUCAAUUCGAUUUAGACUGUCAGAUUUAGGAAGACAAAAACUGAUUGAGUUAAUAAAAUUAAUUGCAGGACCCGAGUUCAAAGAUAUAAAUAUUUCAAAGUAUAGAUUACAACAAAGAUUUGACCCACCAGACGAUAAAAUAAAUUAUCAUUAUUAUUGUAAUUCUUGCAACAAAGAAAUUUUAUAUUCAAUAUCAAAAUUAAAUUUUAAGAAUUAUAUAAAAACAUGUUCAAAAUGUGAUACAAAUAAUAAAAUAACGUUAAAAUCUACAAACUAUUUUACGUCUAUUAAUUUAACAUAUCAGUUAAAAAUGUUAUUUGAAUCUCCCUACAUUAAACAAGAAAUUUUUAAUUUUAUUAACUCAGUGACAGUAAAUCAGUGUAACGUUGAUAGCACAAAGAUUAUGAGAGAUGUUAAUGACAGUAAAUUAUACAACAAAAUUAACAAUAGAAAUACCUGUUACUUAACUUAUAAUAUAAGUACCGAUGGUGCACCACUGACAAACAGUGGAAAACGAGGCUUUUAUCCACUUUCAGUACAACCAAAUUUUGUAUCACCUAUCAGUAGAUUUAAACAAAUUCUACUAUGUGGAAUACUAACUUGUACAAAAGAACCUACAAGUGACAUAGCUCAA